UUCUCACCAUUGCUGUCUCUCUCUCUCUCUCUCUCUCUCUCUCUCACCAUUUCUGUUAGCCUCACUAUACAUUUCCUCAACUUUCACGUAUAUACAAAUUCAAAUUCCACCUAAACUUUUCAUCCAAACAAACCCCUACACUUCAAUUCAGUUUCAAUUUCAAUAAUUCAAUCUCUUUCUCCUCCUUAACAUUCAAAAUUUCCCAAAAACCCUCUCUCUCAGAGUUAGGGUUAGGGUUUUAUUCGUUUCUGUAAUGACUUUCACCUCCUCCAAUGGCCCACACUUUCUCUUCCUCAUACACCUUCAAAUUCUUCCUUAUUAGCUUCCUCCUCACCAUAAACCCUACCCUCUGCUUCACCAACGAUGAAUUCUCGAUUCUAGGGUUCGAUGACCAUCUCCUCGAUGCCUUUCACGGGGAUUACACUCCACCGUCACCGCCUCCACCUCCUCCGCCGCCUCACCCUCCCUCGCUCAUUUGCGAGGACGAUCUUCACGGUAUUGGGUCCCUUAACACCUCCUGUGUCCUCAACUCUAGCUUAAUUUUCAUUGAUGAUGUCUAUAUAGAAGGAAAUGGAAGCUUACAUAUAGGUCCUGGUCUGAAUUUGAGUUGUGCUGUGUUUGGUUGCUCAAUUACGGUUAAUAUGAGUGGGGGUUUUAGUUUAGGUGGUAAUUCGGUUAUAAUCGCCGGGUCGGUGAGGGUGUACUCGUGGAAUGCGAGUUUGUUUAAGGGGUCAAUGAUAAAUGUGAGUGCAAUGGCGGGUAUUCCCCCAGCACAGACUAGUGGCACGCCAUCAGGGGUGCAGGGUGCUGGCGGAGGGCAUGGUGGGAGGGGUGCUAGUUGCGUAUUGGAUAACACAAAGCUCCCUGAUGAUGUGUGGGGUGGUGAUGCCUAUUCAUGGUCAUCUUUGGAUGCCCCCUCGAGUUAUGGGAGUAAGGGCGGGACGACUGUUAAAGAAGAGAAUUAUGGCGGUGAAGGUGGUGGGAAGAUUUGGAUUGAGGUGAAUACUACGAUGGAGGCUAGUGGGGAUCUUUUCGCGAAUGGAGGCGAUGGCGGUGUCAAGGGUGGAGGAGGGUCUGGUGGUAGCAUUUUUGUUAAAGCUCAAAGAAUGACUGGAAGUGGCAGGAUAAGCGCCACUGGGGGUAAUGGAUUUGCUGGAGGUGGAGGUGGAAGAGUUUCCAUCCAUGUUUUCAGCAGGCAUGAUGAUACACAAAUCUUUAUUUAUGGGGGAAGGAGUUUAGGCUGUCCUGAUAAUUCAGGUGCUGCAGGGACAUAUUAUGAUGCUGUUCCCCGGAGUCUCGUUGUCAGCAAUUACAAUAGGUCCACAACAACUGACACACUUCUGUUAGAGUUUCCUAAACAGCCACUUUGGACAAAUGUUUACAUUGAAAAUCAUGCAAAGGCUUUGGUCCCUUUGUUCUGGAGCCGUGUUCAGGUUCGUGGACAAAUUCAUUUGUCAUGUGGUGCAGUUUUGACCUUUGGGCUUGCACAUUUUGCUACAUCAGAGUUUGAGUUAAUGGCUGAAGAGCUUUUAAUGAGUGACUCUACUGUGAAGAUAUAUGGAGCUCUUCGUAUGUCUGUCAAAAUGCAUUUGAUGUGGAAUUCCAAAAUGCUUAUAGAUGGUGGUAGCGAUUCACUCGUGGCAACAUCAUUACUUGAGGCCAGCAAUUUAGUAGUUCUCAAGGAAUCCUCUGUGAUACAUUCUAAUGCAAAUCUGGGAGUUCAUGGACAAGGUUUUUUGAAUUUGUCUGGACCAGGAAAUCUGAUUCAAGCACAACGGCUGAUUUUAUCAUUAUUUUAUAGUGUCAAAGUUGGACCUGGAUCUGUUUUGCGAGGUCCCCUGGAGAAUGGAAGUAUUAAUGAUUCGACGCCGAAGCUCUACUGUGAACUUGCAGAUUGCCCCAUGGAACUGCUUCAUCCUCCAGAGGACUGUAAUGUGAACUCUACGUUGCCCUUCACUCUUCAGAUUUGUAGGGUCGAAGAUAUCAUUGUUGAAGGCAUUGUAACAGGAUCUGUUGUUCAUUUCCACUGGGUUAGAACUGUGGUUGUCCACUCUUCUGGAGCAAUUAUUGCAUCUGGGCUGGGCUGCAUUGGUGGAGUGGGCAAAGGAAGAAUGGCUGAAAUUGGUCUUGGUGGUGGCGGUGGACAUGGUGGCAGAGGGGGUGAUGGGUAUUACAAUGGCAGUUUUAUUGAUGGUGGCAGUGCCUAUGGAGAUGCUGAUUUACCUUGUGAGCUUGGUAGCGGUAGUGGAAAUGAUAGCCUUGCUGGUGCAACUGCUGGUGGUGGUAUUAUCAUCAUGGGUUCAAUAGAGCACUCAUUGUCAAGUUUGUCUCUCGAUGGUUCACUUAGAGCUGAUGGAGAAACCUUUGGAGAAGAUGGUAGGACUAUGUCAAGCAUAGGACCUGGGGGUGGAUCAGGUGGAACUAUUCUUUUGUUUGUUCGUUCAUUGGCACUUGGUGGUGGUUCUUUUAUCUCAACUGGCGGAGGACAUGGUAGUAAGAGUGGUGGUGGCGGUGGCGGUGGUGGACGAAUUCACUUCCAUUGGUCAGAUAUUCCAGUCGGGGAUGCAUAUCUACCCAUAGCAAGUGUGAAGGGGAGCAUUUAUACCGGGGGAGGAGUUGGUAGAGGUCAGGGCCGUGCUGGGGAAAACGGUACAGUCACUGGGAAGACCUGCCCAAAAGGGCUUUAUGGUACCUUUUGUGAGGAAUGCCCUGUUGGCACGUUUAAGAAUGUCAGCGGGUCUGAUAGAGCCUUUUGUCAUGAUUGCCCAUCACAUGAGCUUCCACAUCGUGGCAUAUAUAUUACUGUUCGAGGUGGUGUUACUAAGACUCCUUGUCCAUACAAGUGCAUCUCUGACAGAUAUCACAUGCCGCAUUGUUAUACCGCACUUGAAGAGUUGGUGUACACUUUUGGUGGUCCAUGGUUAUUCGGCCUUAUUCUCUUGGGUAUCCUCAUCCUGUUAGCUCUAGUGCUUAGUGUUGCUCGGAUGAAAUUUGUUGGUGGGGAUGAAUUACCAGCCCUUGUUCCUGCUCGACCUGGCUCUCGAAUUGACAAUUCCUUCCCUUUCCUAGAGUCAUUAAAUGAGGUUUUGGAAACAAAUAGAACAGAGGAAUCACAAGGUCAUGUGCACAGAAUGUAUUUCAUGGGGCCAAAUACUUUCAAGGAACCUUGGCAUCUACCUCACUUUCCUCCUGAACAAGUAAAAGAGAUUGUUUAUGAGGAUGCGUUCAAUAGAUUUGUGGAUGAGAUCAAUGGCUUAGCUGCUUAUCAGUGGUGGGAAGGAUCAGUUUACAGCAUUCUCUCUCUUCUUGCAUAUCCACUUGCAUGGUCAUGGCUACAGCAGUGUCGAAAGAAGAAAUUACAGCGUCUGCGUGAAUUUGUUCGAUCAGAAUAUGAUCAUGCCUGCCUACGAUCUUGCCGUUCACGUGCUCUCUAUGAAGGGCUUAAGGUGUCUGCAACUACUGAUCUGAUGCUUGCUUAUGUGGACUUUUUCCUUGGAGGGGAUGAAAAGAGAGCUGAUCUUCCUCCUCGUCUUCAUCAGAGAUUUCCAAUGUCUCUAGUUUUUGGAGGAGAGGGAAGUUACAUGGCUCCUUUUUCUCUACACAGUGAUAAUAUUCUUACUAGCCUCAUGAGUCAGUCUAUUCCACCUACCAUAUGGUAUCGACUUGUGGCGGGUCUAAAUGCUCAACUACGCUUAGUUCGCCGUGGACACCUAAAACUAUCUUUAGGUCAUGUUAUAAGCUGGCUUGAAACCCAUGCAAACCCUACUUUAAGUACAUAUGGUGUACGUGUUGAUCUAGCUUGGUUUCAGCCUACAGCUUCUGGAUAUUGCCACUUCGGACUACUGGUAUGUGCUAUUGAAAAUGAAAGUGCCCAGCCAUCAAUUGAAAGUCAAGAAACAUCAUUGCCACCUGAGCAACAGUCAUGUUUGCACAGAAGUGACAGGGUGGAGCGACUGGACCAUUCCAGAGUCAGUGAGCAUUCAAUGACAUGCAAGAGGACUUUUGGAGGGAUUUUACAUGCCAAGAGCUUACGGAUGCUUAAAGAGAGGAAGGCUAUAUGUUAUCCUUUCUUUUUCAUAGUUCAUAAUACAAAGCCUGUUGGUCAUCAGGAUCUUGUUGGUUUGGUCAUCUCCAUACUACUGUUAGGAGAUUUUAGCUUAGUCCUGCUUACUUUGCUACAAAUGUAUUCUAUUUCUCUGUUGGACUUCCUUUUAGUUCUGUUUGUCCUUCCUCUUGGUGUUUUAUUUCCGUUCCCAGCUGGAAUCAGUGCUUUGUUUAGUCACGGACCUAGGCGGUCGGCAGGUCUUGCCCGUGUAUAUGCUCUGUGGAAUAUCACAUCCUUGAUCAAUGUUGUAGUUGCCUUCAUGUGUGGAUUACUUCAUUAUACUACCCAUUCAAGUAAAAAGCAUCUCAACUUUCAGUCCUGGAAUUUUAGCGUGGAUGAAAGUGAAUGGUGGAUGCUUCCUUGUGGUUUAUUGCUGUGUAAAAUUAUCCAAGCAAGACUCAUUGAUUGCCAUGUAGCUAACCAGGAAAUUCAAGACUUCUCAUUGUAUAGCGGUGACCCUGAAGUGUUCUGGCAGUCAUGAGGCAUUCUGUGUACAGCCUAAGUUAGAUAGGUGCCUUUUUUUUUGGCCCUGAUUAUUUUUUUCUAAUACAUAUUUUGAGAUAGCAGCAAAGGUCGCACAUAGGAUAUAAUUUAAUUUUUGAGAGGACAAGUGGUGCAUUGGGGGGAGACGGGAGAGGAGAAGAGGGGGGGGGGGGGGGAGGGGUGGUUGGUGGAGGGGAGAAAGAGAGACAUCAACAGUUGCCCUUGUUAACAAGUUGGGAAAGUUUUCUACCAUAUAUUUCUUGGUAACCUGUUCUAUCU